AUGCCAUCUGGCUACAUCUUCCAUGACGGACACCCUUCUGUGUCGGACUAUCUCAAUCUCCGCUCCGUCGCCGGCCUCUCUCCCAAAACCAUUGCGCAAGCAACUGAGGUUCCCAACGGAAGCUGGUACGGGUGCUUCGUUACCAGUGAAAAAGACAAGAAGGUCGUUGGAAUGGGACGUAUCAUUGGCGAUGGUGGAUGGUAUUUCCAUAUUGCGGAUAUGGCAGUUCACCCGGGCCACCAACGGAAAGGGCUUGGGGACGCGAUCUUGAAGACGCUUCUGUGGAAGAUCUCAAAAGGUGCAGCUCAGGAUGGUAAGCCUUACAUCUCACUGUUUGCAGAUGAGGCGGGGCGAAGGUUGUACCACAAAAAUGGAUUUGUUGAAGCAGCCCCUGGUCAGCUCGGAAUGGUGCUGCCCUCGAAUUGA